AUGUUUGUUCGUUCCAUCCUGCUGGGUGGCGCGGCUGCUCUAGGCGCCAGCGCGAUGCUGGUCGUCCCUGAGAUGGAAGCCCAGAUGGAUAACAAGCAAGUGGAGAGUAUCGAAGAUGACUUUGUGGACAUCAUGCAACCCGUUUACGAAGGUGUUACUUUUGCUGUUAUGCUCAAGUGCGAUGACUGCCCCUUCCGUGAAGUCAACGAAGAGGGCGUCGUCAGCUGGACUGAUGACAAGCCAAAUUCUCUGUUUGUCGAAUUUCACGUCGAAGACAACCGCUUGCUGGCCAACGACCACCAGAUCUUCCCUCCCGUCCCUCCUAGCCCCAUCACCGUUACCCAGCUUGUCCGUGAUAGCCAUGAAGAGUCUAGCUCCAUGCCCGUUGGCUACGCGCUCGAGGUCAUGACACGCCCCCGGCCCGCCGAUGCGCAGGAAGCUGAUAUGCUCGAUGUGCGCUUCACUAUCCUCGACCUCGAGACACGCCCCGUUCCCGUUGACACCGUUGCCCUCACUCUGAUCCUCACCCCGACUGGCGACCUGUUCCUUGCCGAUGGUGACAUCGAGAAGACCACCCCUCACCACGAGAAGCUUUCCUGGAAGAAAUGCCACGGAAAGCCCAAGUGCCUACAGGAACUCCUGUUCUCCCGCAUUGGUGGUCUUCUUUCGGCUGCCAAGGACCGUGUCAUGGGCAUGGGCAAACAUGGCUGCAAGGGUAUGAAGGGCAUGGGUGGCCACCACAAGCACCACGACGAGUUCCGCCCUGAGGGAAUGCCCCCAUUCCCUCCCCCUCCAUUUGAAGACUUCGAGGAAUUUGACUUUGAAGGCAAGGGCCCCCACCACGGUCACCAUGAGGACUUCGACUUCGAGGGUGAGAAGGGCCCCCACCACGGCCACCCUGAGGACUUCGGUCUUGAGGGCGGCAAGGAUGGCCACCACAAGCAUCACGAGGAGUUCCGUCCCGAGGGAAUGCCUCCAUUCCCUCCCCCGCCUUUCGAGGACUUUGAGGAGGACUCUGACUCCAAGGUUCACCACCCUUGGGGCAAGCACCAUGGCUUCAAGUCCGAAGAAGUUGAGGGUCGUCCUCCUCACCCUCACCACAUGCACGGCCCUCCCCACGGCCCAUUUGCUCACACUUUCUCCCGCGUUGUACGUUUCAUUGUCAUCCCUGCUAUCUUGGGCGUUCUGGCCGGUCUUACCGCCAGCGCUGUUGGUAUGCUCGUGGGCCAGGCUGUGAUCUUCCUCUGGCAGCGCUACCGCGGCACUAAGAAGCAGGAGCACAAGGCCGCUUGGGAAGAGGGUAACGUCUGUGAGAAACAGGGCCUAAUGACUGAGUCAUCCGAGGAGUACCUCCCUGAGUAUAUCGAGGAGUCUUCCCAGACCCGUGGAUCCAUGGACAAGAACUAA